AACUUUAGUAAGGCAUCUUAAAUACUAGAUUGUCCCUAGAGUAGCUCCCUCCAGGCUUAAAUAUAAUCAACAUGCCUAGAAAAAAGCCAUUUAGUAACAAGCAGAAGAAAAAACAACUUCAGGAUAAAAGAGAGCGAAAAAGAGGUCCAUCAGAGCAAGGCAGGGCUGAAUCGAACAGUCGAAGUGGAAGCAGAGAGCGUUGGGAGGAAAACACGGAUACUUCAGACAGUGAGAGUCUCAGACCCCAACUGAGACGUGUUAAUCAACAGCCCCAGAUAUUUAAACCAGGAGAGAGAAAUUAUGACCCAAACAGAUAUAGACUUUAUUUUGAAAAGGAGACCAAAGAGGAAAUUGAACAGAGGAAGAAAAUAGCGCUGGAGAAAAUCCUUGAGCCAGUUCCAGAGUCUGAACUGGAAGUUCACAUAGAUCAAAUCUACAGACCAGGCUCAGUGCUAGACUUUCCUAAGCGACCAGCUUGGACUUAUGAGAUGAGCAAAGAGGCAGUGCAGUCCCGUGAAGAGAAAGCUUUUAAGGAAUACCUGCAGAAGAUCUAUGAAAGUCACAACCCACGAGAACUAAGUUACUUUGAUCACAAUUUAGAGACAUGGCGUCAGCUAUGGCGGGUUUUAGAGAUGUCUGAUAUAAUCCUGUUAAUCACAGACAUUAGACAUCCUGUUCUACAUUUUUCUCCUGCCCUUUACGACUAUGUGACCCAGGAAUUAGGAAGAUCUCUCAUCCUGGUUCUUAAUAAAACAGAUUUAGCACCUCCCUCUCUGGUAGUUGCCUGGAAGCAUUAUUUUCAGGCCAAGUUCCCUAAGGUCCAUGUGGUGUGUUUCACUUCAUACCCCCGGCAUCCUGAGGAGGAACAGGACCCCUCUGCAGUUUUUAAGAAACGCAGGAGGAAGCGCAGGGUGUGGAGCUCAGCCCUGGGACCCAGUCAGCUUCUGCGAGCCUGUGAGGUUAUUACAGCUGAGAAAGUUGACCUGACAAGCUGGAGAGAGAAGAUAGAGAGAGAUUCUGCAGCACUGUGUAACCCUGCCAGUGAGGAGGGGACACAGGAUGAAGAGACAGAUGAGCUGAAUGCUGUUGUCUCCCAUCAAAUCACUGAUGCUGAACUGGGGGCUCCUAGCAGUGAGCUGUAUAAAGAUGGGGUACUAAGCAUCGGCUGUGUAGGAUUCCCAAAUGUGGGCAAGUCAUCAUUAAUUAAUGGGCUGGUUGGCAAGAAGAUUGUAAGUGUCUCGAGGACUCCAGGACACACCAAAUACUUCCAGACAUAUUACCUUACACCUACAGUGCGGCUUUGUGACUGUCCUGGACUAAUCUUUCCAUCACUGAUUGACCGGCAACAGCAGAUCCUUGCAGGUAUAUACCCAAUUGCUCAGAUUCAGGAACCAUAUACCUCUGUUGGUUACCUCUCCUGUCGUAUACCUGUUCCUCAACUACUUAAAUUACCCCAGCCAAGUGGGGUAGAGGGAGGCUGGACAGCAUGGAGCAUCUGUGAAGCCUGGGCAGAUAAACGUGGCUACAAAACAGCGAAGGCCUCACGCAGUGACACAUACCGGGCUGCUAACAGUCUGCUGCGUCUUGCUGUCGAUGGGCGUCUCUGCUUGUGCAUGAGGCCACCGGGAUACUCUGUGCAAAAGGAGGCCUGGCAACAGCAUCCCGAAACCAAGGAAAUGGCUGUCCAUUCCCAAGCCCAAGGUCAGGCCAAUAAUGACCCUUCAUCUGGUCGAGAAGAGGAAGAGGAGGAGAUCUCCAGCUCAGGUGAAGAAGAAGAAGAACAAGAUCGUGAUGCUGAUGAAGAGGAAGAUGAAGAAGAGGACCCCACACAGUCUCAGCAUAAAAGGGGCAACAAAAACAAAGUCACUGACAUUAACCCUUUCGAGUUGCUUGGCGAAGAUGAGUGUUAAAUUUGGGCUUGUGAAGAGUAAAGUCAGUCAUAUUUAAGAAUAUAGUAGUAGCAGACCCAGCAAAUGCUGGGAGGCUCAAUUGUGUAAGGGGCCCAGGUGUGCAAUUUCAGUAUAAUAGUGCAAAACAGGUUAUUUUGCUGAAAGAUUUGGUGCAGAAUAUUCUGCUGUGGGUCCAGAAUCUGGGUGAGGAUGGUGGUAGCUUUUACAAUGUGACUUAAUAUGAAGUUUGUUUGCCCUCCAAACCUAACUUCUGCCUCAUCUCAGUAGCCUAGUUAUCAGCUUGGUUUCACUGUGAAUUUAUAUUGGAGAAUGGCUUCAAAAAUAGAGUGAUAUUUUUUUAUAAUAGAAUAUUUCCUUACUUCAUUCAGGCCUCUUUCACACACAGACUGAUUCAGGUCUGAGUAAGUUAGUUCUGCCAAGUUGAUGAAAAAUAGAUCCAUUUACUUCUUUGAAAAUCUAAAGAAUCAGACAUAGAUGGACACAGCAAACUUGCAGCACAAGCCUGUUUUUUAAAACAAAAUUAAAGAGUCUCAUUCAUCAACUUCCUCAGAUCGGAAUCAGUUGUGCGUAAGUCCUUGGUGGAAACUGGUUAUAAAAGGCUGAAAGGAAACAGAUAGUUAGUAUUCUAUAUGAAUGACACAUUUGCCAUGAAAGUAUUUUUUGUAAAUUCUCUGUGAAUUUUAGCAUUGAAUGAGUUAAAUUGGAGGACAGGGUCAUUCAGAAACCCGCUUAUAUGUGCUCUUUGAUGAUUUUGCUUGACCAGACUCUCUUGGUUAUCACUCCAAUAUUGGAAUUUGAUGUGUGGGAUUCAGUUGAUUGUCUUGCAGUGUAAGAACAAAGAAUGUUUAUUGCAGUGCCUCUGCUAUGUCUACUAACUCUUCACUCUGACAACAGACCAGACUAUUCACUACAUUGCCACUGCCCAUUCAGUUUCUUUAAAGGGCAGAUAAACACAAAAUAAAAAGCACAAGGCUUACCACCUUGCUAUUUAGUAUAUUGCAAUGUAUUUGCUUAUAGAGGCCCAUUUAGUCUGAUAUGUAAUGGCGGGAGGUUAAAGUGAAUUGGAAAACUGGCCUUGUGAAUUGCUAGUUAUAUGGUAUACCCAACACACACUCCUUGAUGGAAAUUUUCUGGUUGCUGUUGUUCCCUGGAUAUUAAGCUAGGUGUUGCUAUUACAGCAUCAACUGCGCACAGUUGUUUUAGUAAAGCAGAAGCAAGUUCUUAGCCAAGGGUAGGAAGCUGAUAUGAAAUGGCAAAGCGCUUGCUUUACUAUAAGAAGUGUAUGCAGUGCCUGUUAUGGUACUUGACUCUCAUUUGUUAUCAGAGCUUUCUAAUAUAUUCUUUUCUGACAAUCUCAUGUUACUGUUGGGCAUCUUAUAGAUUUUGUAUUUUACAUUUACUGUUCAUUUACACCUUUUUAUGAGGCAUGAACUGGAAAUGCUGUGGGUACAAAUUUAGGGACCAGUUAGCAUCUGUAUGAAGUAUUAUAUUUGCUUUAACUAAAUGUAAGCAAUGCUCAGUAUUCCAAGUAAGACAUUUGUUGAUGAUUUACUUAAGAAGUUCCAUUUUCUAAAUACUUUGCAACAAAACUGGCUGACAUUCCAUUUUAAUGAAUGGGGCAGCUGAGGCUGUCUCUUUCAGCUUUUCCUACCCAAACUUAUGUCUCAGGCAUGUUAGUACCAGCCUGCACUUCUAAUUUGCAUCAGAUGUCUAUUUUGCUGAACACACAAUAAAUGCAAAUCUAUUUACUGA